AUGGCGGCGCGGCCAGGAGAGGAAAAUGUUGCUACUCUUUUCGGAGAUGUUCAUUACUUUUACAGCCCCGAGGAUGUGAGGCCCAGGCAUCACAGAUUCGACAAGGGUUCCUACGUCUACCUCUUUGAGCAUGCGGGCGAGCGCCGGUGUCGCAUUGAGGUUGCCAACCAACCUGGCACUGAGGACCAGGACGCCUUUGAAGGAUUCCUCGACCAGGCCCACGUUCGAUACUCGUACAAGCAGCACUGCAUGGUCACUUUGACAGCACCCGAAGCUCCUGCCGACCAGAACGAUUGGCAUUUGCCUACUUAUGACCCCCGAAAUGAGAACAAAUACCACUACAAGCUCCACUCAGUCGACAUCUACUUCUGGACGCAGAAGGAUGCCCUCCAGUUUCUCAAUGGUGUCAGAAGGGUCGUCCCACCAUCCCUCGUGGAGGUUUUGGAUGAGCCCGGUCCGCCCCCGCAGCCGGCUCCCAUGAGCUCCGUUGUUCAGCAGCUGGAGAAUGUGGCCAUCUCGGACCCCCAGUAUGCGUCAUCCAAGCCUUCAUCUGGCGCGCCGAGCUUUGCGCCUCCUCCGACCGCACCGGCUCCGUCGACUGAGGCCCCGGCGGAACCUGCCGCCUUUGUGCCGAUGGCAUACAACCCGGCCGCCCCCGCCGCUCCGGAGACGAUACAGCACCGAGAGAAGACGCCGCCUCCGGACGAGGACCCGCUCAACCCGCUUGCCGUGGCUGUCGCCUACGAUUAUCAGAAGCAACCCUUCACUCCCGGAAUGCCCCCGCCUUCUCAAUUCCCUCCCGGAGGGGUUACGAGCCCUGGACUGCCUCCACCUCAGUUUGGUCAGCAUCCCGGGCUUCAUAGAGCUGCAACAAUGCCAGCUCAGGGCUUGGGAAGUCCAUACUCUGCAAACUUCCCUGGCUCGCCCGGCUUUGCGCCUCCACCACCACCUCCUCAGACACAACCACCACCGCAGACCCAACCUCCAGCGCAACCGACGCCGCCCACCACCAACCCAGGCCUUCCUCCACCUCCGGGAGGCUAUGCGCAAUACACCUACACUCACCAACAGGCGGCGACUCCUCAGGGAGGAGCAGAGUAUAAUGUCCACCAGCAGGUGUACCGCCCCACGCAGACCGAGGUGGCUAACUCGGAGAUCUACUCGUUCCAGCCACAGUCACAGCAGAAAGAGCCGCGAGGCAAGCUCGAAGAGAACGCCGGACGCCUGGAGCGUGGCGUGACGGGUAUGUUGAAGAAGUUUGAGAAGAAGUUUGGAUAA